GUCUAAUGUUAGAAACCUGUUAUCUUUCAAUAGAUAAAUACAAGCACGCUAAGAGAAGAAUCACGAAUAAGUUCUCAGUUGAGAUUCGUUUGGGAUGAAUACUGCUUUGAUUUUGAAGCUCAGUUGCGCGUGGUACCUGUAGUCUUUCGCUAUGUUCGGCGCACUCGGAUGGUUAAUUACUGUGGUGGUGGUGAUUUGUGAAGGUCGACAUUGGGAUGCAGACCGAAUGUUAUCGAAUGAACGGAACACAUUGGAUGAUUGCAGACUGCGUUAUCAUGAGCUUAUUGAGACGGGGGCAGCUGCUCCUGUUUUUGGGAAGCCAGCGUUAUUGAAGGAAUUCGCCCACAUGGGAGCCAUCGGGUGGACCCAGGAUGAUGGAAAAGUACUGUGGCAUUGUGGAGGUACAUUGAUUUGGAUGGACUACGUUGUGACUGCGGCGCACUGCGUGGUAGAUCACCAGGAUGUACGACCGGACAUUGUGCGAUUUGGCGACUUGAAUUUGGAAACCGAUGAGGAUGAUGAAUACGCCCAGCAAUAUAAGAUUGUUCAGAUAUAUCGACACCCGCUACAUCGGUUUGGAGUGAAAUACCAUGAUAUAGCACUGAUAAAAAUGGAACAGCCUGUUAGGUUACAUGACACAGUGUGUCCAGCAUGUCUUUGGAUCGAUCCAGAGAUACGUUUUACAGAAUUCAUCGCUACUGGAUGGGGCAGCACCGGUCCUUUUGAGGAUCAUACCCCAUCUCUGCUAAAAGUUUCUUUAAAGCCCAUGGAAUCCUCCAAAUGUGGGAAGUUUUAUACUAGUGAACUUGUUCGGGGUUUGAGUGCUGGACUCCACGAAAACCAUCUGUGUGCCGUCGAUGAGAAGAUGGAUACCUGUGAAGGUGACUCCGGUGGUCCACUUCAAGUCAAACUGUUACACAAUGCUCGUCUAACACCUUUCGUAGUGGCUGUCACUUCGUUCGGAUUGCCCUGUGGAUUGUCAAAUCCUGGAGUGUACACUAAAAUAGGUCCUUAUCAUGACUGGAUUCUAGCAACUAUGCGGCAAGGUGGCGCUGUCAUUGAGGACGACCUUUUUAAUGCCACGUUCUGUGCAUUACGAUUCAAUAGAUUUCGUGAACAUAUCUAUACAGAGCGUCUCGACAAAAUACAUGUGUACGAAUUUGUUUACCUCACCACUCAUCACAUAUACAACGAUUUACCACCUAAAUAUCUUGUUCAGCUAAUGUGGAAUGUUAAGGGAGCUCCUCAGAAUUGUUAUGGUACAAUCAUCGAUGAAAAUACGGUUCUUACAGUUGCCUAUUGUGUCCAUUAUCAAGGGAUCCCAGCUUCAGCUGUCUCACAUCCAGAGGAGGGUGUAUUGAAAAUCUCAAAAAUAAAUGUGCAUCCUCAAUAUAAUCCAGCGUACGGAUAUUACAAUAUUGCCAUUCUACGCUUGGAGAAAUUGUACAGCUUCAUUAACAUUCGACCAGUUUGCAUUGAUUAUGGUAACGUAUCUGCUGUGCCAAAUAGUGUUUUUGGAUUCGGAAGGAGAGACAUUUACGAUUGGGAUUGCUAUGAUUUUCCUGAAUGCAUAGAUCCAUCGUUGAUUCCAUUGACUGUGUACAUAGAACCAAAAAAUGAGACAACCUGCAGACUUCCCAAAGAAUAUGUAUCACGCUUUCCAAACGGCAUCACUGAUGAACUUAUCUGCGUAGGUACUGAUCGAUUUCUGGUACCCGGAGCAUGUGAUCUGAAGCUUGGAGGCACAUAUACUUAUGUUAAUAAAAAUUUUACACGUAUGUCUAGAGCCAUAGAUAGAACAAUAACUGGACGUGAUGAAUUAUAUCCGCAACUGGAUGGUUUGGUACAAAUUGGACGGGACUGUGGCUAUGGGGAGCAUUUGCUGUCCACAAGAAUUCAAAGCCAUAUCAAAUGGAUGGAGCGUGUAUUGCUUCCUAAAACCGCGACGGUAAACGCAGUUCAGUUCUUGGAACAGAGUCGCCACGUAGGAGAUUCAUGCACGGAUGCCAACGGAGUACCGGGAAGGUGCACAGCAAUAUCAAGAUGUCAGCGAAAGUGGAAGAAGUUUGAACUCACAAAAGAGGCCACAUUCUGCUCUUCGACUUCGGUGAUAUGUUGCCCUAACGCUGACAUCGAUAAAGACGCCUGGAGUAGCAAACACUCGAUUCUAAUGAAAUGUCCAAAACUCGUAAACGAUUCACUGCCGGAAACCAACGGAGCACCAAUGGUUCGAAUUUUGGAUAACUCAAAUCGAUAUAUUUGCAUGGGCGCCAUCAUUUCUGAUCGAACGGUACUAACUUCUGCCAGCUGUGUGCACACCACAACAACUCCUGCUGUUCAACCGCUAGGAAACUUUAGACUUACAAUCCAAGUUCGACAGAUUGUUCAACACAGUUCCUUCAACGCAACGGAUUACAGUAAUGAUAUCGCUAUUUUGCGACUACCGCAAUCCUUGGUUUGGGGUCCUAAUCUGCAUCCAGCCUGUUUAUGGAACAACCAAACUCAUUCUCCACUUAUAGUUGAAAUGCUACAACCAUUCAAUAAAACCGACGGCACUGACAUAAAGUACAUCGAUCUGCUAACGAUGUACAACUCGGACUGUCAAAGAACACAUGCCCACCCGAUUCGAGAUUCGCACAUUUGUGUCAAAUAUCCAUACCGGGAGUACACGUGUUUUCCGUCGCACAGUAUGCUCCGGUGGGAAGAUGCUGAAGGUGUUCCAUACUUGAUUGGCCUGUCAACGGAUACCAGAGAGUGCAUGGGAUGGUCCUACAUGACCUUCUCACGAAUUGCGGCGUUCAUAGAUUGGAUUGUGGACAACAUAGCUGAUGAAGAAAUCAGACGAUCGUUCAAUGUGUAGAUGGCAGUAAAUCAAGUGUAGGAUUCAGAUUUAUACUACCAUUUGCAACAGUGCAACAUAGUUGUCCCAUGUUAAUAUAAACUCACAUAAAGCAUGGGACAACUAUGCUGCACACAGCAGUAUAGUAAUCAUGAAUUGAAUUCAUUUUACUAAUAAAUAAUGAUGGAAAUCAGUGAAAAUUGCUCGAGCAAACAAGUAAGCAGUGUAGGCGAGCAUGCGACAGUGAUUUCAAAACUGUUUCUGAUAAAUUUGUGUUUUAGUGGAAAAUGUACAUAUUCUAAGUACACAGGACUUUAGUGCAAUCCAACAGGAUUCAGAAGAACAGCACAGAUAUAAUAUUCAUACAAAAGGCGUUGCGAGCAGGGUAUGUCAGGUAAAGACAACAAGCUGAACAAUAAGUGGACCAAAAUCGUAAAACACGAAAAAGUUUUAUAUGUCGGAUAUCUUUUUUAUUUCCGGUUUAUCUAGGUACUCAAAGCUAUAGUGUAUCAAACAAUUGUCCGUACAGCAUUUUUUUUUUGUUAAAAUAAUUUUUCAUUCAAAUGUUUAUAACUUUUUUAUGCGUCAACUGAAAACGCUGAAAAUUUGACCAAUCAUGAAUCAUAUAUUAAAGCUCCAUAGGCAACAUUUUGAGCGAGAUCGAAUAAGUUUUCUGAAAGUUAUAGAAGUUUUAGUAAAACAUAAGAUUUUUAAACAUUAUAUCUCAAUAUGCACUCGAUUAUUUUUUUUAAUUUUUUUUGUGCUACAUCUUAUACCUAAGGCUUUCAUAUGCAGCUAUGUUUGGGGUUAUAUAUUCACUACAAAAAAUAUGAAAAAUAUGCUUAUGUAGUUGACGAUAUUUAAACCUUUACCAUUUUUUGCACAUAUAAUCUGCCAAUCGUGUUCCACCAAUAAAAGUGCAUUAACUGAACGAAAAAUCCAUAGGACCUACUCUUCAUAUAUAGUUUAGUAGGGCCUAUAUAAAAAUAUUACAUUAAGAGAGUUUAAAAAAGUUGAAAACACUUGGUACUUUUAUUGAUCUAAAUAUGAAAAAUUUCCAAAUGAAUCUCUGAACAUAUACAGAUUUUUCAUAUUUUUUGUAAUGAUUAUAAAACCUUAAACGAAGCUGCAUAUGAAAGCCUUAGGUAUAAGCCGUAACACAAAAAAAAAUUGGAAAAGUUUCAUCAUAUUGAGGUUUCAAAAAUGUGUUCAAAAAUCUUCUAAGUUUUACUAAUAGUUCUAUAACUUUCAGAAACUUAUUCGAUCUCGCUCAAAAUUUUACCAAUGGAGCUCUAAUAUAUGGGUUAUAAUUGGUCAAAAUUUCAGCGUUUUUGAUUCACGUAUAAAAAAGUUAUAAACAUUUAAAUUUAAAAAUUUUGAUCAAAAAAUUGCUGUACGGACAAUUGUUUGAUACGCUGUAGGUAGAUAGAGUUAUUCUUCUAAAUGAGAAAUAACAUUUGUUGUUCAAGGUGUAAUGGUAGACGUCCUCCAAACAGGGAACUCCAAUCCUUGGUAUCAGGCGACCCAUGCUGAGGAUUGAAUAGUUGAGGGGGUUUAAAGGAUGCUCGAUCUUUAACGGAGUCUGUAACGUGGGUAUAUCAUCUUUUCGUGUUGGGUUACGGCGGUUAUUCUACAAAUUUGUUCCAGGGAUCCUCUAGGAGUUUCUUGUAGGAUUCACAAGGAGUUCUUGAUGAGAUUCUCUCAGGGGUUUAUUAAGGAUUCUUUCAGAAGUUCCCUCUGGGGUUCUUCAAGGAGUUUACCAUGAGAUUCAUAAAGAGGUUCCCCCUGAGAUUACUUCAGGAGUUCCUUCAAACUUCCUUCUGAAAUUUCUCUAGAAAUUAAUUACGAAAUUUCUCCUGGGAUUUCAUUCAUUAUAAGCCCUCUGGGAUCCUUUCUGGAUUCCUGAGAGGUUCCUGCAGGAACUCCUGUCAGAAUUCCUUCAGCGAUUUCUUCUGGAACUUCCAGGGAUUUCUUCCGGAGCACUCUCGAGGAUUGCUUUAAGAAUUCCUUCCCAGGUUUCUUCAGAAACUUUUUUCAAAAUUCCGUCUGGAAUUCCUUCCUGGAAUUUCAUGCGAGAUUCCUCCCGGAGAUCCUACCAGGAAUCCUUGAAAAACUUCUUUCAGUAUUCCUUCAACAACUUCUCCAGAAUUCCUCCAGGAGCUCCUUCAGUAACUACUUAUGGAAUUGCUUCUAGAAUUUCGGACAUUACUUCUGGACUGCUGUCAGGAAUUGCUUCUGGAGUCUCUG